AUGAAUAACGCAAUUGAAGCACGAAGUCCUGCCGGCGUCUUGUGGCAGGUUGAAGAUAUCGAUGGCGGCGGGAUCAUUGACAGCUCGCACAUGACGCUGCAGAUAGCUGAUGACACGGGCAUCAGCGGAUCCACCGGCUGUAACCGGUAUUUUGGAGCUGUGGUCAUUGCAGGGUCUGCUUUUGAGGCGGAUGCUAUCGGCACUACGCGCAUGGCCUGUGCGCCUGCGCUGAUGCAGCAGGAACAGCGUUUUGUGCAGGCGUUACAAGCAGUGCGCAGAUUUGAGCUGAGCGGUGACUUCCUGUUGCUGUACGAUGAAAGUCAGGUAUUGCGCCUGCGGCUGAUAGCGACAGAUGAACCUGGGUUACUCGUCGUUGUGCUACUGCCAUUGGCAGCUCACGCCGAUAAGCUCACAGAGAUUAUCCAGAAAGAUCUCACCACGCUGGGUUACGAGCCGGGUAACACCAAAGGGGAGAUGACCACCGCUACCGCGAUUGCGAUAUCAAAAUUUCAGGCAGACAAUGGCUUGGAAGUGACUGGUGAGCCCAGUCCGCAGCUGGCAGGGGUGGUUAAAUCGCGACUAAAAGACGGUCCAGCUCCGGCUGGUUCUGGUGCCGUUGCCAAAGCAGCACCCGCAUCGGUUCCGACAAAUGAUCCUGCUGCAUUGCAGGCCGCACAGCAGGCUUGUCUGCAACAGAAAGUUGCCGACGCACAGGCAUCGGAGAAGAAAAAACGUGGUUUUGGCAGUCUGAUGCGGGCCGUGUCACGUACAGCCUCGCGGCUUGGCAGUGAGCUGGCUGGCGAUAUCGCGCGAACUUCUCGGGACAUUUACGACGUUAACGCAACUGCAAACGACCUUGAUUCAGCGGCAAAAGACCUUGGGCUGACGCCAGAAGACGUUGAUAAUUUCCGGGCGCUGCUGGUUUCCGGUAUCCAGACAGAUUAUGGCGAUGUGGUCACUCAAGGUGGCCCGCUGGGGCAAUUCGGUGUCGAAGAUCUUUGCCGCAACAGUGACACUCUGGGUUGGGCAAUGGGCAGUAUUGUUGAUGAAGUGCAGCGUAGUAUGGUCAAUGCAGGCUCGCCCAUAACACUGGAUGAUAUUCAGCGUAUGCCGGGUGCACCAACUCGACCUGGUAUUGAAGAAGGAUUGCGCACGGCACGAGACAGUUUAUGCCGUGGUGAGCCGGCGCAGUCCGUGCAGCCGUUUGUUAUUGCCUAUUCGUCCUGCCGUAUGGCCAUGGUCACGCCACGAAACGCCAUGGAUAUGCAUCUGCCUCCAGGGCAGGCCCAGGCAACCAUGUCUAUGGCUGAUUUUGCCGAACGUCAGGUUAUCUAUGUGGAUCUGAAGCGUGAUCUGAAUGCGGCAGCUGGCGUGUUGGGGUCUGGAUGGACAAACAGUGUGCAAAUGACCGGGGCCACCGACGGUGGUGAGCGUAUUGGCUAUGACACAACGCGCUACAACUUCGAAUAUUCUGGUAGCCCGGGUGGAGGUGGUGGCAUCGGAGGCCUGCUUGGUAAUUCCAUAUCGGUUUCAAAUAGCGGUCAGAUCUGGGUGUCUGACGACGUCCCGGGCGUGGGCAUAGUGCAAUCCUUCUAUGAAAAUCUGACUAACGAAAUUAGUCGCGAUGAGGCGUCAACCGGUAUCUUCAGCGGCAUGAUCGAGAAUAUGGGUGGCAUGUUGCGUGAAGGCUUACCCCUGGAAAUGGACAGCACCGUAAGUUCCACAAUUAUGGGGCGCACAUCGGUGAGUGGGCGUUCGCAUAUGCUGGUCACCGGUAUCGAGGAGGUGAACAUUAAUCCCCAGUGGUGUUCGCAAAGUCUUAUGCCGCCGGAUUACCCGGUUAUGGACAUCAAUCAACAGAUUCAACAGAGCAUGCAGGAUGCCGGCGUUGAUGCUGCUGAGUUAAACGAAGCCAUGCAGGAAUUUAAUCGCGCCAUGCAGCAGAUGACGCCGGAGCAGCGCGAGAUGAUGGAGCGUAUGGGUAUGGGCAGCAUGAUGGAGCAGGCCACAGGUGGUGCGGUAGCUUUACCCGCCCCUUCCGCGGCACCGACUCAAGCUGCACCCAGUGCAUCGGGACUGUCUGCGGCUUUGCGUGCAGAUAAUCCAACUGAGACGACGCAGAAUUACCUCCAGGCCCUGGGUUAUGAAACAGGUAACGCCAGCGGUGAGCUAUCCAUCGAAACCACCAUUGCAAUCUCACAAUAUCAGGCCGAGAACGGACUGGAAGUUACCGGCGAGGUCAGUACCCAGCUUGUAGAGCGACUGGCAGCGGAUGUGGAUCGAUUGUGA